AUGGGUGAGAGAGUUGAUACUCAUAAACCUUUUAAUCUGGAUCAUUGAAAUUAGUAGCUGAUUCUUGCUACUAAGUGGGAGCAACUUAUGUCCUCACCUAGUUCCAAUUCUGUUGUCACAGAAAAGAAAAAGAAUGGCCUUUGUUAUUGAUACCCUCGUAAUUUAAAAAGUAAUUUCAUAAUAUACAGCUGUGAAAUCAGGGUACCUGUUCUAGGUGAAGUAGGGUUCUUUCCUUAUCAGAUAGAAAGCUGUGAAAAUGUGAAGAGACACAUAUUGUGAGUGUGUAUCUUGUCUCUUCUGAAGGAAUAGGAAGAUUCAAGCUUUUUUUUUUACUAAUAUAUUCAUGUCCAUUUCAAAGCUAAAUAGCAAGAUGCGCUUUGCAACUUCCUGUUAAAUUGUGCAUUGUGUUUAGUUUAUCUGUGAUAAAUUAUGAUGACAUUAACAUACUUCAUUGGAAGAACCACUGCUUUGUUCCCUAGCUCUGUGUUCUACGGCAGUAUUUUUUUUUAAUUGGUGAAGUUGGUGAUUGUCUAAACACCACUCCAUGAUUUCUCUUACAGCAAUGUCUUGGUGUGCAUUGCUGUUUCUGUUCUCAGCUCUCUAAAGUUAUCUUAGUCUUCUAAUACUUUAUGUAGCUUCUUUCAUUGGGCACUGAAAGAGUUAUUCCUAGUCCUUUUCAAGUAGUUCACCUUGCAGCUUUCCAGUUUCUCCUGGCUGUCCUGCAAUUGCCAUGCUCAUCUUGUUUGUUUUACACUGAGCUCACCUACCACCUUCUGACCUCACAUCUGUGCACAUUUGCCCUCAUGCAGCAUGGUUAUAUUUUUUUUCCAGGUUUUUUCUGGGCUGUUAGUUUAUAAACUUGCAUAUGAAACACUGAUUGCUUGCACCAAAUCAAUAUGGCUGGCCGGGACAGGUGGCAGGUAAUUUGUAACAGCGUUUCUGUCUUUUUCCUUUGCUUUUUCAAAACCAUGAGGAAUUCUGUAGUGAUGCCACAAUUUGCAAGUUUGUCUAGUAUAUUUUCAUGGGUUUUGCAUGUACCAUUUCUCUGAUGACGUUCAUUAACUCAGAUAUUUGGUUGAGUCAACUCUCCAUAUCCUUUCUUCCUUUCACUGGCCUGUUUUCACCUUGUACAUGUGUCUUCUUUCAAUAUCUUUAUUUUUGGAGUAGUCCUGUCUUCUAUUCAGUCAGAAAUACAAGUUCCUCUGUAAAGGUCAUCUUUUUUCUUUUCCUAAUUAACAAGAGUCUUUAAAAACAGUUGUUCUUACAGUUGUCUUUGAAUGUUUUUACGUAUCUUUAUUUCUUCUUUUAUUUGCCUCUCUAGGAUUAAGCACACUGUCUGUCUUUGACGCUGUUCAGGUCUUUGUUUUCAGAACUGUUACGCCAAAUGAUGGCGUGUAAUAAGCUUUCUUACAGAGCAUCCUGUAAGAUCCUCUGGAAACCGUUUAGUUACACCCAACAGUCAGGCACGGCGGGUCCCCCAGCGAUGGCGGCGCCUUCCAGACGCUCAGGGAUCCGUCGCCGCCAUUAGCAGCGCCGCCCCGGCGCGGGGAACUACAACUCCCAGCGGCCCCCGCGCCCCACCGCUUCCCGCCGAGCUAAGAUGGCGGCCCCCGUGGAGCGUGUGGUUGGAGCGGCGCCGGUGGGCUACACGGCUCUGGCGGUGAAGUUCGGGGCGCGGCAGCGCUCGCCCCACUGCUUGUUGGUGAAGGAGCACCAGGUGCGGGAAGGGGCCGGCGCCGCGCACCCGCCUCGCCGCACCCUCUUCGUCCUCAACGUCCCCCCGUACUGCAGCCCGGACUCUCUGUCUAGGCUGUUCGCCCGCUGCGGGCACGUCCAGUCUGUGGACAUCUGUGACAAGCCAGGGCUGGGAGAGAAAAAAGAAAAAGUGACGUCAAAAUUCUUCAACCGCAAAACUGUAACGGGAUUUCAAGUAGCCUACGUGGUGUUCAGGAAACCAGCAGGUGUCCAGGCAGCCAAGGCCCUGGCACGAGAAGGUCCCUUGCUCAUAUCAACAGAGAGUCACCCUGUGAAAACCGGCAUUAGCAAGUGGAUUGACAGCUAUGCGGCCUCAGUCGUGGAUCCAGAGGAGCUGAAGGCUGAGGUGGAUGCCUACAUGCAAGACUAUGACAAAAAGAUAGAAGAGGAAGAAGCCAAAGCGGCCAAGGAGGAGGGCGUUCCGGAUGAGGAGGGUUGGGUGAAGGUAACACGGAAGGGCCGGAAGCCUGGCCUGCCCCGGACAGAGGCUGCCAACCUGCGGGUGCUGGAGAGGGAGAAGCAGAAAAGAGCCCGCAAAGAGCUGCUCAACUUCUAUGCCUGGCAGCAUCGUGAGACCAAGAGAGAGCACAUUGCCCAGUUGAGGAAGAAAUUUGAGGAGGACAAGCAGAGAAUUGCCCUGAUGCGAGCCCAGCGCAAGUUUCGGCCAUACUGAGCUGGACUGAGCUAUUUCCUUGGAUGCCUGUGCUGGAGAGGGCAGGAGAGAUGCUCAUGGACUCUGUGUACCAAAGGAUUUCAAGGGAUUGAGGCAGCUUCAGGUUGUCCCUGUCUGAAACAGGAGAUUGCAGCAACCACUGCUGGAGGGGGAAUUUUCUUCAUUCGCACUGGUAUCCUGCUCUCCCAGCCAUCUUCCAGCCUUGUGGCACCACUUCCCAGGAAGCUCAUGUCAAGGGGCUGAGGUACUUCCUGUGACAAGCUCUAUGUCCCUGCCACCCAAGGCCCUCCUAAAGCUUGGUGAGAGCUGGGAUUGACCUAGCACAGCUUCUGCAGGGGCAGGGAAUGGCUGAAGAACUGUAAAUAAACUGCUGCUAUGUUCUCAAAACAGGGGAAUGCCUUUC